GGGUUGGUUAAAAAAAACGACUUGAAAACAAACCCCAUCACGUGCGCUGGACAAUUUCCGGAAUGGGAUUGUUUUUGUUUUCAAAUAGAAAGAGUGAGAAGAGACAAAAAAUAGUAGAAAAAAAGAGAUUUUAGCAGGGAAAAUUGAUAGUGUAGUAAAAGGAGCCAAAGAAGAGAAGAAAAAUAAAAUAAAUUAAGAUGAUCAGUAGGAAUAAUGGGUUAACAGAAUUGUUGACCUCAACGACAGAUGGGUUUGAGAUAGACGAUGAUAGCAAAUUACUUGAUAAGAUCCGGAUUAAUUUAAAGAAAUAUGAGGAGCAGUAUGAGAAGCAGUUGAGGGUAAAACAAGAUAAGAAUAAAGCGAUUGAGCAAGAGAUCAAUGAGACAAAGAAACGAAUUGAAAGCUUGGAAAAGUCGGAAGAGAUAAAGAAGUUGCUGAAUGAGAUUAAUAAAAUGAAUUCGAGUAAAUUUGAGACAGCAAAGAAUAUUAGUAGUUUGACAAACGAUAUAAAUACGUUAAACAUUCAGUAUCAGAAUAUAAAGGAAGAGAGGAUACGAUUGAAUGAGGAGGCUAAUAAUUUUUUAGAGGACAGUAUAAAUAAUAAUCCGGAUUCUACAGCGUUAAAGUUGAAUUUUUAUAAGAAUUUGGGAUUAAUCAUUCAAGAUAAUAAGAAUAAUCAAGAGAAUCGAGAUAAUAUUGAUUUAAUUAUUGUAAAUCAGUCAGAGAAUAAAAAAUCAACUACGACGUUAACAAUCGGACAAGAUAAAAAGGGAUUGAGCGAUUAUUUUAUAACUAAUUAUAUUUGGGAGAAUAUAUAAACGAGAAGGUAAUUGAUAGUAAUUAGAUAUUUAUUUUAUGUAUAACUUAAUGAAUAAUGAAAAGUAUAAUAUAAAAGAUAAUAAAAAAAACUUAAUA